GUUGUUAAGUAAUGUCCGUAAACCGUUAAAAUGGAAUAUGAUUAUUCGCCUAUAAAAAGAGAAGAAUCUGGUAAUUCUGAAGAUUUUAACUGGAAGUACAUGGUUAAGCAGACAUUAAUUUGCAUUUCAACAUGGAGUUUAUUCUUCGUCACUGGUUUAUUCUUUGGAACGCCUACUGUUAUGAUACCUCAACUAAGGGCAGAAGCGAACUCGACCGAUGCUGUUAGUGAAGAAAUGGCAUCUUGGCUUUCAUCCGCAUAUGGUUACAGUGCAUUACCAUGGGACAUAUUACUUCCAGUACUCUCGGAAAUUUAUGGACGGAAAAUACCACUUAUUAUAUCGAAUGUGGCUUCAGUCAUUGGCUACGUGAUAUGGUAUUUUAGUACAAAUGUUAUAUUUAUAUUAAUUGCUGAAAUAAUUCUAGGAGUUCUUAUUGCUGUUAAUUUAACUCAGUCGAUGAUAAUUAUUACUGAAUAUUCAUCUCCGAAAUAUAGAGGUAUAUUUUUGACUAUAAAGUCAGCAACGUUUUAUUGGGGUUUUUUUGUAGCCAAUGUUAUAGGUACUUUUUCUCAUUGGAGAAAUAUCCUAAUUGUGGCACUUAUCUGUCUAGCAUAUAACUUUACUUCAUAUUUCUGGCCACAUUCACCUCAUUGGUUAGCUUCUCAAGGCCGGUUUGAAGAAUGUGCGACUGCUCAUAGGUUACUGAAGGGUACUAGUGCAGAAUCAGAAAAAGAAUUAGAGGAAAUUAUAAUGUCUCAAAAAAAAUACAUGAGAAACUGUUCAACUCAUACCAGCAGACAAUAUUGCGGACGUAUUAAAACUUCAAUCAAGGCGUUGUGGUACAAAUCAGUUUAUAAGCCUAUAUUUCUAUCAUUGACUUUAUUGACUAUGUACAUAUUAUCAGGUAAACUAGUGUGCAACGUGUAUGCUUUACAAAUAUUGAAGAAAAUAACGAAGGACACUACAGCUGCUUAUCGAGGAAUGUUGAUAUUAGACGGUGUUAGUAUUAUUGGCAUGUAUAUUGGUUGUUACUUGUCCAAAUUGUUAAAAAGACGAGUUAUGUUAUUUACAUUGGCCUCAAUUUCGGCUUUCUUUUUAUUUACAUUGUCAUUAUAUUUGUAUUUAAUCAAAUUAAAUAGCAUAACAGAUAAUAGUACUUUAUGCAUAGUGUUGCUUACAAUAUUUUCUAUUUCAAUAAGUUGUGGACCUAUGAUACUGACAACAUCAAUAUUUGCAGAAAUAAUACCUUUGCGGUGUAAAGCUUUAGCUCUUAUAAUAAUAGUUUUCAGUAACAAUAUAUUAACAUCUACAGUCCUGAAACUGUCUCCAUUUCUUUUUAAAACAGCCGGAUUGCAUGGAGCAUUUCUUUUUUAUGGAUUGAGCGUAGUUGUUUGUUUAUUGAUUUUAUACAAAUACUUGCCGGAAACAAAAGAUAAAACUCUUACAGAAAUUGAGGCAUACUUCGAAAAAUGAGAUUAUGAUUAUAUCACACCUAAAUAUAUGGGCACUUUAUUACGUUGUCAUUUUAC